AUGAUGCACUUUGUCACACCUGGUAGAAAUUUACUAGUCAUAAAUGGAAUUAUUUGGGGGAUUCUGUACAAAUCUAGACACCCUUUAACUCGAGAACUUAUGAAGAAGGUUUAUGAUGAUCAUAAGGCUUAUGAUUAUCUUGACUGUGGCAACACACAAACUUGUGUUGUCAUUCUGACAGGCUCUCGGGAAUCCCUGAGAGUGCCCUUGAGGGCUCCAAGCGCGGGAAGCGAGCGCCGGGAAGUGGCGGUUACAGUCCCGGGUCCCGCGCCCUUUCCCGCGCCACUGCUCAGCCGGUUCCGCCGCGCCCCCAAGCCCACGCGGGUCUCGGCUCAGACUCUCGCGCCCCCACCUGGCCCGCGCCACACCCCACCGGCCCAUCCAGUAACGGUUUCUGGACCCGCGGCCUCUCCCCUGCCCCCUCCUUCCCCCCUCACGAGAGCCGCAGUGCUGCGCCGUUUGGAGAGAGGUCAUCCGCCCCGGAACCGACGGGAGCGGCCGCAGGUCCGGCCCCGCUCGGUGUGCAGCAGCCGCAGCAGCAGCAGUGGCGGCGGCGACCAGCGCUCUGGGCACCAGCACCAGCACCACCAGCCCAUCUGCAAGAUCUGCUUCCAGGGCGCGGAGCAGGGUGAGCUGUUGAAUCCCUGCCGAUGUGAUGGGUCAGUUCGGUAUACACAUCAGCUGUGCCUGCUAAAGUGGAUCAGUGAGAGAGGUUCCUGGACCUGUGAACUCUGCUGCUAUAGAUACCAUGUUAUAGCCAUUAAAAUGAAACAACCUUGCCAGUGGCAGAGCAUUUCUAUAACACUGGUUGAGAAAGUUCAGAUGAUUGCUGUAAUCCUAGGAUCCCUGUUCUUAAUAGCCAGUGUGACUUGGCUCCUCUGGUCAGCCUUCAGCCCCUAUGCAGUGUGGCAGAGGAAGGACAUCCUUUUUCAGAUCUGCUAUGGAAUGUAUGGUUUUAUGGAUCUAGUGUGCAUAGGUCUCAUCAUUCACGAAGGAGCUGCAGUUUACAGAGUGUUUAAGCGCUGGCGAGCUGUGAAUUUGCACUGGGAUGUGUUAAAUUAUGACAAAGCCACAGACAUCGAAGAAAGCAGCCGGGGAGAGUCUUCCACAAGUAGGACUUUGUGGUUGCCAUUGACAGCUCUGCGGAACAGAAACUUGGUCCACCCAACUCAGUUAACCUCGCCGAGGUUUCAGUGUGGCUACGUGUUACUGCACCUGUUCAAUCGGAUGAGGCCUCAUGAAGACUUAUCAGAAGAUAACAGCUCGGGGGAGGUCGUGAUGAGAGUGACUUCAGUGUGACAAAAGCAUAAGAUGAUGCAGUGUGGACCACCCUGCACAUUUUGGAAUGUAAUUGCAAUGAAUGGCAAAACCAUAGCACUUCUAAAAACACAUCUAUGAACUUUUUCAGAUUUAUGCUUUUUAUAUGAACAUUUGAAUUGCAAAUACAUUUUUUUCUGAGAAAAAGAGUCCUCUUGUUCUUCGUUGUCUGGUUUGUCACAUCUUUUAUAAGUUGGUACUUGAAAUCAUUAUACAUAUAAUUUAACUAUACUUGGUUAAAAGAAUAAUGAAAGUUAUCCUUAAGGCCAAAACUAUUUUUUCUUGCUUGUUUUAAAUAUAUUUUUAUGAAAGCUUU